GGGCAGCCGAUGUGGGCUUCGGAGCGGAGACGGCGGCAUGCGGGCGGCGUAGCGGGCAUGUCGGUGCUCAGGCUGCAGGGGGCGCUGCUGCUGCUGCUGCGGGAGAGUCUGCAAACUGGACGAAGGAGUUAUUCUUCUACCUGGGUGAAGGAAGAAGCCCGGAGAAGAUGGGUGUCGGAGCAGGCGGAGCUGCUGGAACUCCUGGAGGCGCGAGUGAAGCAGCUGCAGGCCGAGGCCGACAAUGUCUCGGAGGUGGCAUUCGAGAAAGUUCACGUUUCUCGAACCAGCUGGACCAGUUUCCUUCGCCUAGGCCUACUGCAGAGAGAAGCUGUGCCCGGCCUGACUUGCAAUGAGCCCUUCCCGAAGUCCAACACGCAGGAGGCUACCAAGCCCAGCCGCUGGAAGGAAAAGUUGAAACGGGAGAAGAUGAUCAAGCACAAGCGAGAGCUGAGACUGGAGGCCAAGUUCUCCAUCAGCACCCAGACGGUCCUGAAAGAUCUUGCCGCAGCUCAGAACCAGGUCGGCCAGAGCAGAGCCAGAGAGCCGGCGAGGCUGAAACCGGCUCAGGGGCAGGCCUUGAAACCGGCUCAGGGGCAGGCCUUGAAACCAGCUCGGGGGCAGGCCUUAAAACCGGCUCAGGGGCAGGCCUUAAAACCGGCUCAAGAGCAGGCCUUGAAACCGGCUCAGGAGCAGGCCUCGAAACCGGCUCGGGAGCAGGCCUCGAAACCGGCUCGGGAGCAGGCCUCGAAACUGCAGAACGAUGCCCAGGUGGCCGAGGUCAGGGACCCCUCUGCAGAGAAGUGCCCGGCUGGCUUGCCGCAGGGCAGCCCCGCCCCGGGAGACCUGCAGAAACACGUCGUGAGCCUGCAGAAGGCACCUGCGGAGACGGCAGGGCGCUACCGGAACGCCCAGCUCACCCUCUUGGCUUACCUGGAUGCCUGCAUUUUUCUCAAGCAGCUGGAUCGGGCACAGCAGUGCCUGAUGUUCUACCACCGCUCCCUGAAGCGGCAGAAGCAGCUGGACAUCCAUGCAUAUAACCUGCUCUUGCACGCAUACGCCAAGCAGGGUUCCCUGCAUGAGGUUUGCUUUGUCUUCUCCCUGCUGGAGCAGGCUGGGCUGGAGCCUAACCGGGACUCCUACAUUGCCGCCCUGAGUUGCAUGGGCCGAUCCGACGCAGCCACCUUUAUCACCAGCAGGUGCCUCAAGCAGCUCGAGGAGAGCCACAUCUGCCUGGAGGAUCUCUUCCGAGACUCAGUGCUUGAGGAUGACGAGGUAGAGAUGGCUCUCAAAGCCAUCCGGAAAGUCAAACCGGAUUUCUCCCCCUCUCUGCCGCAUUACCUGCACGAAACCUGCACGAUUCCCCUGAUCCAGAACUUCUACACGAAGAAGAACGACGUCUCUUACCCCAAGCUCAAUUUCACGGUGCAAGAGCUGCAGGAGAAGUUCCAGAAGCAAUUAGCCAUGGAGUCGUCCGACACGGUCGCCAUCGACUCGGUGGAGGCGGGAAAGCCCGUGACAAACUACGUGGUCCAAGCGCGGAAACAGCUGGCCACGCUCCGUUCCCAGUGGCAGGCAUCUCUCCUCCAGAGCCUGUGGAAAUCGAAGCUGCACAUUGGCCAACGGAAAUCGGGCCCGAACCUCCUUCCUUUCCUCUGCCUGCUGGAGGACAAGGUGUAUGUUGACAUCUUGGUGCAGGCUGCCUCCCAGAUCCCCCCACAAGGGGAGUCCCUUACGACCUUCGCCCGGGAUCUGGGCACCAAGGUGUUCAAUAAAUACACUCUGCAGAAGAAGUCCAGGAGCCGAGUGGUGGAGAAAAUGCAGCAGGUCUACAAGGGUUACGUCCAGCUGCUCGCCAAGGACAGCAAGCCGGAUAAUCUCCUGCCACGGGAGUACUGGGAGCAGCUUGCGACCGAGGCUGGUUGCAGCCCUUCCCUGUUCAAGCAGGAGCUUCCCUGGCCCCAUUCGCUGCUGGUGCAGGUCGGCCUUCACCUGGUGGAGCUCUUGGUCCAGGAGCUGAAGAUGCAGAGCAAUCUCUUGAGUCCAGGACUGGAGCAGAGACUCAUUCCCGUCCUCUAUCACGUCUACUCUUUCCGCAGCGGCCGGCAGAUCGGGUUCAUCAAGCCCCACCCCAUGCUGACCCGUCUCCUCCUGAACGCGGCCGAGACCACCCUCACCUUCGACAGCUACGUCAUCCCCACGCUGUGCCCCCCGGUGCCGUGGGUGUCCCCUCACUUCGGCGCCUACAUCCUCAGCUCCACCCGGCUGAUGCGCUCCGUGGAGGAGGCCGCGCAGCACCAGCUCCUGCUGGAACAGGUCCCCCGGAGCGACCUGUUCCCCGUCAUGGACGCCCUCAACCAGCUGGGGAACUGCCCCUGGCGCAUCAACGGCGCCAUCCUGGACGUGAUCGUCUCCCUCUUCAACGACAAGGGCGACGAGAAGCUGGGCGUCCCACCCCCACCCUCGGAGGCCCCCCAGCCCCUCCGGUGCCUCCCCGACGGGAAGCCGCUGGGCCAGCUGGCCCUGAAGAGGGAGAUGGCGCGCUGCCACAAGAAGGCCAUGGAGAUGCACAGCCUGCGCAUGAACGGGCUCUACAAGCUCUCCAUCGCCCAGCACAUGCGGGGCCAGACCUUCUGGUUCCCCCACAACAUGGACUUCCGCGGGAGGACCUACCCCUGCCCGCCCCACUUGAACCACCUGGGCAGCGACCUCUCCCGCGCCAUCCUGUCCUUCGCCGAGGGGAAGCCGCUGGGGCCGCACGGCCUCAACUGGCUGAAGAUCCACCUCAUCAACCUCACGGGGCUGAAGAAGAAGAACUCGCUGCAGGACCGGCUGUGCUAUGCCGAUGAGAUCAUGGACGACAUCUUGGAUUCCGCGGACCGGCCCCUGGCGGGCAAGAAGUGGUGGAUGAACACGGACGAACCUUGGCAGGUUUUGGCGUGUUGCAUGGAGAUCGCCCAGGCAGUGAGGUCCCCGGACCCUGCUGCAUACGUGUCCCAUUUCCCCGUCCAUCAGGACGGGUCUUGCAACGGGCUUCAGCACUACGCGGCUCUCGGGAGGGACACCGUGGGCGCAGCUUCGGUGAACCUGAUGCCGAGUGCCGUGCCGCAGGAUGUCUACAGCGGGGUAGCCCAGAAGGUGGAGGAGUUCCGGAAACUAGACGCCAGCCAGGGCAGCAAAAUCGCACAGGUCUUGGAGGGCUUCAUCACCCGAAAGGUGGUGAAACAGACAGUGAUGACGGUUGUCUACGGGGUCACCCGCUAUGGGGGCCGCCUCCAGAUCGAGAAGCGCCUCAAGGAGAUCGACGACUUCCCCCCAGAAUAUGUCUGGGAAGCAUCGUUCUACCUAGUCCAGAAAGUCUUCCACAGCCUCAAGGAGAUGUUCUCCGCGACCCGAGAAAUACAGGCCUGGCUAACGGAGAGCGCGCGGCUGAUUGCGAAGUCCGGAUGGAGCGUGGAGUGGGUGACCCCGCUGGGACUGCCCGUCAUCCAGCCAUACCAUCGCUCCAGGUCCAUAAUGGUAAGCCCAAAGGGGGAGGCGGAGGAAGGAAAGGAA